AUGAGCCUACCACCAUCCAAGGCCGUACCUCACACGAAAUGUCGUCCGUUGACUAGCACAGGCGAGCUCACAUUUAAAAGGGCUCGUCGGUCCUCGGAAGUGGACGAAACUCUGGCCGUUUGCCAGUGUUGGAGGAUUCUUCGUUCGCUUCUCGUGGCGACUACCGAUCGGCCUCGGCCUCGGCUUCCGGAUUCGCUGCAACAAACAAAAAUCAAGAAUAAUUUGGAUGCGUUGCGCACAGUGCUCGACGAAAACGGCUUUCGCACGUCGACUGUCAUGUCGCCUCGACCAGGUUUGUCGUUGUACAAGGAUUCGUUCCGGCUCAAGUGCGAGAAGGGAAGCCAAGGCCCACCAAAGAAUAGCAUAUACGACAACCAAAGAAAUCUGGCGAGAGAAUUCUUGAUUGUAAUGUUUGGCCUGUAUCCACACCAGGAGACGCUGGAACGCCUCUACACUUCGUCGUUCAAGAUGGUGUUCAGCCUCUUGCUCUUUUGCGACCGUCUACGGGAGGCCUGUCCUGACGCCCUACAGGACACCGAAGUGCAAAAACUCGUCGACCAAGCUGAAACAGAAUGUCGAUUGCUAGGAACGUCGUCUUUGGAUUCAAUAUCCGAGCAAAUAUACGCAGCUAGUCGCAAGGUGCCGGAAAAGAUUGCCGGGUUGAUUCAAACUGCGGUACAAAGCGACCCCAGGCUUCGUGUUGAGCAGCUUCAACACGAGCACGAGAGGAUUCUCUGUUGCUAUUCCACCGUCUCCAACGUUCACAUGCAGCUCUUUACACAAUAUUAUGAUCUCGUCAUCAAAGACGUGUACUUCAAAGAUUCGCACAUAGAAAAGUAUCAGCGAAUCACUAUAUAUUUGUACGAGCCGGACGUAGAUUUGCUUGCGCCUCCCAAGUUUACCUUCUUACCGUCUUUGUACACGGCUUUGACUCGCGGGGCUGAGGCAGUUUCCGAGUUGAUGGUCGACACUUUUUGGACUCAGCUUCUCCGACAAGGCUACUUUUGUGCGACCGAGAUCCAGACAUUGUUGGCACCCAGCCUGAACCAUUACUUCCUGUCAGGCGUGACCCGGGACUCGACUGUUCCCAUACAGCUCAACGCUCACUUUACCCCCACCUUUCCGCUCUGCUUUUAUUUGCAUGGCAAAGCUGGGGUGGGCAAAUCGAGUCUGGCUCACGCCUUUGCCCCUGCACUUAAUGCGACGGUGGAGCAGUAUGCCGAUCCCGAAAUUGUGGUGCGCUUUGUAAAGCAAAAUCUCAACAAGCCCAUGGAUACGUUGCGGUUAGAGCUCGAACUACGACCCAACAACAACGAUCUUUCCGUCAUGAGUAUUAUUCGAGGCCGACGCAUGACCAUGAGACAGAGCAAACCGGGCUUGGUAGUCGUAAAUUUGGAAGAAAUGUCUCGAGACGAUGCGAAUGCUGAUCCCAAUCAAUUAGCCACCGCUCAGCUCAUUAGUCAGCGGUUUUCCGGACGAACCGGUGACUGUCAGGGAGAUGCCGGCAUCCCACGUAACUCGUCAAGGCGUGGUAUCAGUGAAGAAGCCACAAUCAUUCCGUUGUUCACAUCGAACUAUGUCUUGGGCGUGUCGUCCUAUCAAGCAUUGAGCAAACUGCACAUGUUUCAAAAUUUGGUCUGUGUCGAAAUGAUAGCGGUAUCCGGUGAAGACCGAGUCCGCUUCGCCAAUUCAUAUUUUCUGCAAUGCCUGCAAGAUCGUCUUCCACAGUUCAUUCUGGGCAACUGCACUCUUUGUUUGGACAUUCCUUUGGGAAUUGGAGAUACUCGACCUCUUGUGCGGCACUUGCGCAUGCUUGCUUUCUAUACAUGUUCUACGCUCGCAAUAACAAGCCAGCUAUUGCAUAUACACGUGUCUAUCGUCAAAAAGAGCGACAGCUAUAAGAUUUCGGCGAAUGGCAUCCAGUCAAUGGAAUUGAAAAUCGGUAGUAUGGGCAACAUUAUCCCAUCCAAACAGCGAACCUUUGAUCCGCGUACCAUGCUAGCAAUUGAAAAGCUUCGUUCACGGCAACUUGGCGCCGUCGGUGCAAGCGUUCCUCUCAAUCUGGAAGAGCUCUCGAUCAUUUUCGACUUCUGGCUAGCCAAAACAUUGGCACCUGCGGUCAUCCUGUCGAAAGAUCGGUCUCUAAUUAAGAGCAUUUUCGCUUCCACGAAAAAGAUAGUGGAUGUCCGUUGCAUCGAACAUGUCAACUCUAGUGAAUACAAAAUGAUGAAGAGCCUGUACGAUCCUAGCGAUACGCCUAAUCUGCGUGACGAUAUACUUCAGUUCGGACCUGAGUCGUUGGUAUGUGUUGAACUGCAUUGCGAAACAGUUGACGCUCAGUUGUGUAUCCGAGAAAUUAUUGAGGACACGCCUUCCAUGACGGCUUUCUCAACCGAAAAGUCGGCUUUGCACAAGUCUGGGCUUUUAUUUCUUGUUUACAUUCACGAAGAAAUUACACCGGAACUAAGAUCGCGGGCUUCUCUGAUUGUCUAA